AUGAGACCAAAGCUUAUCUUUUGGGUUAAGAUAGGACUGGCCGCUGUGGCUCUUCUGGUGGUUAUUCUAGGACUUCUAGGAAUACACUUUCUUUUGGCUGAUAGGCAAGUAGUUGAAGUUCCUGGUGGUCCGGUUAGUUUGUAUGAGAACAAUACGUGUGUCCGACUGGUAAUUACUGGGAAAGUUGUUGGGGCGGGCUGGGAGGCCCAAAGUCCGAAAACUUUGGAGUUUACGGAUGCCGAAAUAGAUAUGUCGAGUAUGGCUUCGAUGCCAAGUGAGUUGGAGAAGAAGUUGGCUAAGUUGGCCAAACUGACUAUUUCGGAAUUGCAAAUUGACUUAGUCCGGCCUAUUACAGCCUCUAGUUUGGCAGCACUGGAGAAGUUUGUGAUUGCUAAGAAAGUAAAGCCGGGCAAAGUACUGCUGAAAGAGUGCAAGGCUAGUCAAGUCUCGAAGCAGUUGCUGACAUUUGUGGCGAGUGUGCCUACUUUGGAGCUGAACCAAGUGUCUUAUGAUGCUCCUUUAUUUCAGGAUCUAGCUAAGACAGCGAGUGCAUCGUUGAAGACAUUGAUCGUGGUGGGAUUAGUUGAUUAUCAUGCGGGCCAAGAAGGUGUGCUUAAUCGGUUCAAUGUGAAUGCUUUGGUUCUGGGUGAGAUUUCGGAGAGUAGUCAGUUACUGGCUUUUGCUAGUGAGAAUAAGUUUGUUAAGUUAGCACAGGUUUCUGUGCGACAUUGUGUGAUUGAUAAGGUUGAGCUGGUUUCGGACUUGGCUCCACUAUCUGGCCUCAAGAAAGUCGCUCUGAACAACACAACUAUUCUGCAGUCGUGUAAUUUGAGUGUGCUGGAUGGCGCUGAUUUGGAAGAGCUAUCGAUUAUAGAUUGUCAUUUGCCAGCGAACGAUAAGCAACUCUUUACUUCUUUGACUAAAUUGCCGAAGUCGAUGACGCUUGAUGAAAGUGUUUACUUGUUACUACAGCCGGAUAAGUUUGUUGUUUCGCCGAAUAAGCACAUAAUUGAAGUUCAUACCCCGUCAUUGCAGCCCAACCCGGAAACUAUUGCCUUUACGCUACAUGCAGCGAAAGAUAAUGAGAGAAGACUGGAUAUCGUUGUGUCCUACUUUGUUAAGACGGAGUCCCCAAUUGUUUUUGAGUCCUGGCAGUUGCCUUUCACGAAUGUGACAAAUCUGGGCAUGAUCGUGUACCAAAACAACCAAGCUAUGUUCUUUGAGGAUACAGAUAAGAUAGUGAAUAUGCUGAACAAGAUAGCUCAGUCGUACAACAAGUGUCCAGUUCAUAAAUUCAUUCUUAUCAAUUUGUGCAACUCAUAUGUAGAAAUGGCUAAAGAAAAUGUCACUUCCCAGGCUAUCAAAAGGCUCUUCUCGAAAGUUGAUGAGUAUGCGCUUAGCAAUGUGAACAUGCCUGAAAAUGCCCCCUUCAAUGGGUAUAAGGCCGAUAACGACCUAAUACCCGCUACGUUUGGUGGGGUAAUUGCUAAAUUUGGGCCUUCGUCUACAUCGAGCUCGGCUACGACUACAGCCGAUGGUUGGCGCUACAAACAGAUUAAGCACAAGGCUAGUCUUGAUUUGUUGCUAAAGGAGCUAGACACCUUAUAG